AGCUGUAAUAGCCACGUUUUCAAUUUAGCUUCCUGAUAAUACGACUUUAUUUUAUCACCUUUAGGCCUACUGAGCCUCGGGUUCGCCCUAAAAUCGUAUGAUGAGUUUUCUCCUCUGUUUUCAGGUUGCACUAUUAACAUUAACCACGACCUUGCAAAUAUGGGCCUACACGGAUGGCAUGCGGGCCGAGUGCCUGGGAAGUCUGUUGCGCGUGAGCGUGGACGGCUACCUGAAAACAGGGAGACUAGCUCAAGCCCAAGUGGAUGUUCUCAAUGGCAGUGAUGUUAUCGGACCUAUUACACCUUUCCUGGCUGCUCAGUGUGGAUUCAGUACGGUCUCCGAUCCUUGGGGCAAUACACUGCUUUAUAUCUCUCUCCAGAACUGCUACUCUCAACCUAGGGGUGAUGGCAUGUUCGAGAUAAAUCUGCGGCUCCGACCACAUGGAGAAGACUCCCAUAGAGUCCAUACUGUGUACAAGUCAUGCAACUAUCCAAAGUGGACCUCUCGUGAAAUCCUCUGCUCCCAGAACUUCAUGGAGGUGUCUGUGGAGCAUGAACUUCCAACCUCUGAACAACUGGCAUGGAUGAUUUCCGGUGAAAAAGAUGCCACCCCAACUAAACCGGCAUCUAUGGGAACGAGGUCUCCCUUCAGACUCCAGAAGGUGAUCUUCUACACACCUGCACAGAGAGAGGUCACUCCAGUGGAGCUCCACACGCUAGGCUACGGGCUUUACACCUCCCCGACUCGUCUGCUGAUAAGAGGCCCGCACAACACCUCCGCGACAUAUUCCCAAGAUGUAGCUGGAGUCCCUAUGGCGAUAAUGAAGAGCUCUGUGGUCUACGAGCACCGCUGGAUGCUGUUCCUGGUCAACGCAGAAGCUGCAUGUCCCACCGGUGGCGUGUCUUUCACUGAGGAGAUGAUCACUUGGCGUCUGCCCAGACACAUCACCCCACUGCUGUCCUCUGGCUCCAGUGAGACCCUAGAGGCCUACAUGGGGAUUGAGGGCCGAAGGCUGGACAAGGCCAGCAUGGUGGCUAAGGGCUACUCUCUCUAUGCCACAGACUCUCACAUUGUGAUUGAGAUGCCCAUUGGGUCCCCUGAUGGGUACUACAAGAGCCGUGCUCAUAAAAGGCGCUACCACACCACCUUCACCAUUGAGCCCAUGGUGGAGCUCCUGUGGAGGGCGUCUGGAGGCUCUGAUGAGACCCGCUACAAAGUGCUCUACCCCAUCACCACCCCACCCGUGCCCAGACCACCACACGUCACUGACUACACUGUUGCAGAGGAAGGUGGUGUGUUCAAGAUGGUUUUGGGUAUGUUCCUGCCUGAUGUGGAGCUGACUAGCAUCACCAUUGGCUCUGCUGAGAUCACUGCACUCGAAGCUGCAGCCAAUGGCUUUGACAUCCGACAGCAUGGCUUCCCUAAUGGCUCCAAAGCUUUCAGUCUAGAAGUGCCGUUCACUCACCCGGCAGUCAUUAAGGAGAUUCCCAACGUGAGGACGACGAUCUACACUCUGGACCUAGGGUUUGUCUUCCUCGUUCUACCAGAGGAGACAGUGUUUUUUCACCCUGCAGUUCUGGAAGCUUCAGUGGAGCAUACUGAUCUGCCAUCGGUCACUGGCACGUGCGAUCAGCAGAACUUCUACAUCAUUGCUCGUUACGGAAGCCAAGGCCCUACCUUUGAGACGUUGCUUGGUGGCAGUCUGCUGACUGGAGAGCUGGCCCGACAGUACCGCUUCAAAGAGAACGUAACUCAUUUCAGCCUAGUGGUUCCAUUUGGGUCUCCUGAAAUUGCCAUUGAGGGGGUCCAGUCAGCGUUUGUGAGGAGCAGGCUUGAUGUGACACUGCAAGACCCGGGGAAGGGUUGGAACAUCACCUAUUUCUCCCUGGCCUGUUCCUUCCGGACCUCAGUCAUCGAAUGCAGUCCAAAUGGGACCAUUCAGGCGCUUGCUGUUAAGCUGGAGGGCGUGCCCAGCCUCAACCCUAGCCAGCUGACUCUGAACGAUCCCUCAUGUGGACCCUACUACAGUGAUGACCGCCUGGCCCUCUUCUACUUCAGUGUUGAUUCCUGUGGGACCACCAGAGAGUUUAAAGAUGAUGCAAUGGUGUAUGAAAACAAGGCCACUUUGAAAAGUGGUCAAAAUACCAAGACUGACUUGAGUGCCAGUGAAGAAUAUCGAUUCAGAUUCUCCUGCACCUAUGCUGUGAACGCUAGGAAAACGCUGGCUUUUUCCACCAUGCCUCAAUCCACAAUACCAGUGGCCGAAGCUGGGGUGGGGGAACUCAUGGUUCAUAUGAGGCUUGCUAAAGACAUGAAGUACACAGACUUCUUCUCUGAUGAGGAUUACCCUGUGGUGAGGCACCUAAGACAGCCAAUCUACUUCGAGCUGGAGCUGGUGGAGUUUAAAGAUCCCAACGUAGAACUCGUCAUUGACCGCUGCUGGGCUGCUCUGAGUUGGGACCGUCUGUCCAAACCACGAUGGGACGUCAUAGUGGACGGUUGCCCGAAUCCUGAGGACCCUGACCAGACGAUAUUCCACCCAGUAAGGCCAGACGGCAGGGUGCUGUUCCCCUCUCUCUUCAAGAGGUUCGAGGUGCAGAUGUUCUCUUUCGCAGAGGCAGAGGAUACCCCUGCUGGCCAGGUUGUUUUCCAUUGUGAUGCUGUCAUCUGUGACUCCCGUAGCCCUUUGGAUGGACUGUGCCAUGGCCAGUGUGCUAACAAGCAAAUGGGUACACAUGGUGUGAAAAGGGGUCCCAGAGCCGUUUCUCAACUGCACAUAGAACAUGUUUCCUCUGGAUUAAUCUUCCUGGUCUGAAAUAAACAUUUUAUAAACUCCAAUAAAUACUGAUGUGUCUUGC